CGAGUUCCAAAAUCAUGCCUGCUCGUGCGUUUUCGGGGAGGGGGCGGCGAUGUUGGUUCUGCUUCGCCCGCCAGAGCUCCCCCUCCCGGUUCUCUCUUUAAGCCGAGACGGUGCAGCCUCGCCACCAUUUAGCAUCCCAGCCAAAGGACGUCCAGAGCCGUUGCCUUGGCGACGGCCGGGAAGUAAGGGUGCCUGGGAACGCGGUUGGGGGGGGGAGUCUCCCAUAUAUAGAGAGGGAGAGAGACUGACUCCGGGGCUGAUGAGCUGCAGCUAAAUUUAGGCGGAGGAGAGAAGGAGCAAGAGGCGCCGGGGAUGUCAUGCAGGGGGGCCCGGGCGAGAUGGGCCCCGCCGGGGGGCGGCCACGGAUCCUGCCCGGCCCUCCCUCUCCGCUCUCCACGCUGCUGCCGCCGCCGCCGCUGACCCCAAGAGGCAGGACGCUUUCAGCACCACCAGACUCGGAGCCGCUGCCCGGGCCCCGCGAGCGCUAACAUGGCGAAGGACAACUCGGCCUUCUCCUCCAUUCAUGAGCCCCUGGCGCCCGAAGCCAAGGUCCCGGGGCCCCAGCUCAAGCCAGCAGCCCUGCGGCGCCUGGGCGAGGAGCCCGAGAAGGCGGAGAAGAAGCGGGGUCGCCAGCGGUACGUGGAGAAGGACGGCAAGUGCAACGUCCAGCAUGGCAAUGUCCACGAGACCUACCGCUACCUGACGGACAUCUUCACGACGCUGGUGGACCUCAAGUGGCGCUUCAGCCUGCUGGUCUUCAUCCUGGCUUACGCCAGCACCUGGCUGUUCUUCGGCCUCAUCUGGUGGUUCAUCGCCUACUGCCGAGGAGACCUGGACCACCUGGGCGACGACGCCUGGACGCCCUGCGUCAACAACCUCAACGGCUUCGUCUCGGCCUUCCUCUUCUCCAUCGAGACGGAGACCACCAUUGGCUACGGCCACCGGGUCAUCACGGACAAGUGCCCCGAGGGAAUCAUCCUGCUCUUGCUGCAGGCCAUCCUGGGCUCCAUGGUCAACGCCUUCAUGGUGGGCUGCAUGUUCGUCAAGAUCUCGCAGCCCAACAAGCGGGCCGAGACACUGGUCUUCUCCUCGCACGCCGUGGUCUCCCUGCGCGACGACCGCCUCUGCCUCAUGUUCCGCGUGGGGGACCUGCGCAACUCGCACAUUGUGGAGGCCUCCAUCCGAGCCAAGCUCAUCAAGUCCAAGCAGACCCAGGAAGGGGAGUUCAUCCCCCUCAACCAGACGGACAUCAACGUGGGCUUCGAGACUGGAGAUGACCGCCUCUUCCUGGUCUCCCCACUCAUCAUCAGCCAUGAGAUCAACGAGCACAGCCCCUUCUGGGAGGUCUCUCGGGAACAGCUCAAGAAGGACGACUUUGAGAUCGUGGUCAUCCUGGAGGGGAUGGUGGAGGCCACAGGGAUGACCUGCCAAGCGCGAAGCUCGUACCUGAUGGACGAGGUCCUGUGGGGCCACCGCUUCAUGUCCGUCCUCUCUCUGGAGGACGGCUUCUACGAAGUGGACUACAACAGCUUCCACCAGACCUUUGAGGUGCCCACGCCCAGCUGCAGCGCCCGGGAACUGUCCGAGGCGGCUGCCCGCAUGGAUGCCCACCUCUACUGGUCCAUCCCCAGCCGGCUGGACGAGAAGGUGGAGGAAGGGACCACCGAGAAAGCGGCGGUGGAGGAGGACGCGGACAAGGAGAGGAACGGGAACCUCGCCAGUGCCGAGAGCGAGUCCAAGGUCUGAGGGGGCCAUGGGGAGAGGUGGCCAGGCCAGGCCAGGAGGCCUCGCUCCAGGCACGCUUCCCAGCGAGGAGGACAAGCCGCAGAGAGAGCGAGGCGACAGGGCAGGUGGCCGGAGAGCGGAAGGAGGAUGCGGGGCUCCAUCGAUGGACCACAGAAGGACCCCAAAAAGGAUUCUUAAUGACCCCCUUAAAAACCAGCUGUUCCCCCAGACCUCCAGAUAUCGUCAGACUCCAACGCCCAGCAGCCGGGAUUUUGGAAGGAGGGAGCUGUCAUCCGUCGGGGAGGACCUGGGGUUGGGAAGGUUUGCCUUCCACACACACACACACCCUGACAUUUGUAUCUGUACAGCUAGACAAUAAACCUGGGCAAUAAAGAGGAAAGUGGAGUCUUGACUGGGGAUCCUGGAGGUGGUCCAACUUCAUGGGAGACCCUGGGGCUGGGGGGGGGUCUUUUGCAAGGGGGAGGAGAAAGGAUGGGAGGCGGGCCAAGAACCACCCCUAUGAACCCGCCUUCCUUCCUCACAAUCACAGAACGGUCAAUUUGGAAGGGAGUUCUAAGGGUCCUCAACUCGCCGCAAUGCAGGAAUCACAGCUAAACCAUCCCUGAUGGAUGGCCAGCCAACCUUCAUUUAAAUA